AUGGAUAGCGAUUUAUUUGCCAAAUUAUUUGGUUAUUUUAGUAUAGGUUGUUGGAUUGUAGUGUUCACUCCCCAAUUGUAUGAAAAUUAUACAAGAAAGAACACAGAUGGUGUAUCAAUACAAUUCUUGUCAUUCUGGAUUCUAGGAGACAUUCUGAAUCUAUUUGGCAUCAUACUCGAAAAUUUACUAUUUACCAUGCUCUUGCUAGCUCUCUACUACUUGUUUGCGGAUUGUUUAUUGAUGGGACAAGUCAUUUACUACCGCACUGUGUAUCCUCAGCGCCAUAUUGAGGAGGUUGUUGUAAAUGAUUAUGGAGCAGGAGGUUCAAAUCUUGUCAUACCUCAGCAUCAUCAUCAUAGACGCUCUUCCAUCUCCUCUUCAUCCUCUACUAGCAGCAGCAGUUCAAGCUCAAGUCCUUCCAAUGCUAGCAGUAGUGUCAGUGGUCUCAGCCAUCACAAUGACUAUAUCAACGAACACACAUCCCUGUUGCCUACCAAGAUCAACAGCAAAAGUCGCACAUCAUCUACCACCAUCCAACACCACCAACAAUCAUCCAGAACUCGCACUAUUGUCCGUCUCUUCUUUGCAUCGAGUAUCGUGUCAUGGACUGCACUCAUGGUUGGCUCUGCCUUGUUCUUCUUUGGACCUGGCCAACACAAAGUAGACAUGAGUCAGUGGCAUGUAAUUCCUCAAACACUGGGCUGGGGAAGUGCCAUCUUGUACUGUGUUAGCCGUAUACCCCAAAUCAUGCAAAACUUUAGAAAUGAAAGUGUCGAAGGACUCAGUUUACCCAUGUUUGUGUUUAGUGUCGUUGGCAAUGUUACUUAUUGCGUGAGCAUUGUAUUGGAAUCUACAGAUCCAACAUACCUGUUCAUUAACCUGCCAUGGUUAAUUGGAAGCGGGGGUACCUUAUUUUUUGAUUUCACUAUUUUCUUUCAAUUUUACAUGUAUCGCCAACGCACAGACCUGGAUAGCAAGACUACCAUAUAA